AAGACUCCAUUUUAAAGGCUUCCUCCUCCUCCAAGACUACUACUACAACUACUUGCAAAGCUUGAAUACAAUGGGCGACAAGAAGAAGAAGGCUACAUUGUUCAUCCGACUGGUCUCAGCUGCUGGAACUGGAUUUUUCUAUGUCAAGAAGAAGCCCUCUAGGAUGGUGGAGAAGCUUGAGUUCCGAAAAUAUGACCCUCGGGUGAAUCGUCAUGUUCUAUUUACCGAGGCAAAAAUGAAAUGAGUAACUUGUCUCGUAUAGAUGAUGUAUUUCAUUAUCUACCUUUAUUUUGUUCCUUGUAGACAGCUUGUUCUAUUGAUCUUAAUGAAAAUUUAUCUAUAUCUAGC